AUGGCGAUGACGUUGACCCCGCCCGGGCGGCUGAUUGAGGCCAAUCCAGGGUCAGGAAUUGACAAUAAUAAACCUGCCUGGGUACGCCGUGAUGCUUCGAGCUGCGUGCACCUGUGUUCUUGCAACGUUCACGUCCUGACAAGCCGCUCAAUCGGCAUCCAACGAAACGAUACGAAUCGAAGGACCACGCACAGUCAUGACACAGACCCUCCACCCCGGCGCGCAAUCGGGGUUCGCCGACGCCUCGAGCUACGACGCCCACCGGCCCUCCUACCCUGCGGCGACGGUGACGGCGUUCCUCGAGAAGCUGGGCCUCGCGGGCAGCGGGGCGCGCGCGUGCUCGACCUCGCCGCCGGCACGGGCAAGCUGACCGAGGUGCUCGCGGCGCGGGACGAGGGGUUCGAGAUUGUGGGUGUCGAGCCGCACGCGGGGAUGCGCGGCGAGCUGGCGCGCAAGGGCCUGGCGGGCGUCGAGGUCCGGGACGGGUUCGCCGAGGAGAUCCCGCUCGGGGACGGGUGGGGGGACGGAUGCGUCGUCGCGCAGGCGUUCCACUGGUUCGCGAACGAGAGGGCGUUGCGGGAGAUGCACCGGGUGCUGAAGCCGCGGUCGUCGCUGGGCUUGAUCUGGAACAUUGAGGAUUAUAACAAGCCUGCGGCCUGGACGGCGUCGACGCACUGGGAGCAGCGCCUCAACGAGCUCAUCCACUCGCUCGACGGCGACGGACAGGCAAGGUUCCGGAACGAUGCGUGGCGGGCGUGCUUUGACUCGCAGGUGGCGAACCCGCUCAAAACGGUGGCCGAGUACGGGUUGCCGGGGCUCGCGACCACCGACGACGGCAAGGCGCCCUGGUUCUCGGUGCCGAUCGGCGAAGACAGCGUGCCUUUCACGGUGUGGCUGACAGAGGAGGCGCUGUGGAAGAGGUUGUCGACGCUGAGCCAGGUGGCCGUGCUCGAAGGGGACGACCUAUCGCGGUUUCGGGCGAGGCUGGCAGAGAUGCUGAAGGAGGAGAGCGUCGAGAGGAAUGACAAGGCGAGGUGGCCACUGCAUGGCAAGACGUUUUUUGCAUGGGACUUUCGCGGCUCUAGUUUAGACAGAGGACCAGGGAGAGAGAGAGAGUGA